ACGAUAAUGAUAUUUGAGAUAAGCGAGAGUUUAAAAUUGAGAAUAAGAAUUGAGAAUUCUUAGUUUUUCUUUUGUAAUUGGUGCUAGAAUACACAUAAAUGAGAUUUUUAAGUAAAUAGCUUAUUCAGAAAUGCAGUCAUGGCUAAAAUCUAGACGAUCGUAUUCAUCACUACAAUAUGAUGACGAUUUUAAGGAUAAACCAAAGUAUAGUCUUCCCAGUAACAACAUGAAUAGAAUUUGUGGUCGCCUUCCAAUUAUUUUGAAUAUUGUUAUUUUAACAUUAAUAAUUGGUAUUAUUAUAACAACUAUCAAUAUAUAUGAAUUGCAUAGAAUGCAAAAAGAACAUUAUUCAUUGCAUCAUAAUUUACCAGUUGCUAAUGUUAAAACUGAAACUUUUCAAUGCACUAAACCAAUUGCAUGGAUCCAUGGAAGAAAUCUUGAAAGUGGCUAUCUCAAGCAUGUAUUUAUUGUUUUUGAAAGACUUGGUUAUGAAAUUAAUAACAGCAGUUCUGAUUGGGACGUUCUUUGGGCACACGAUUAUCCUUUUUCAGAAUUAUCCUCUAUAAUGUUGCAUUUAAAACAUUAUCAAAAAGUAAAUCAUUUUCCCGGAUCUGGAUAUGUUACUAAUAAAGUAAGUCUAGCAACAUCAAAUUUGAAGCACAUUCCUGCUGCUUUUCAAAUACCAGAUGAUAAGGAAAAGUUUUUACAAUAUGCUAAGAGUAAUAUGCAGAAAAUGUGGGUUCAAAAGAGCAAUAAUCAUCGGGGAAUUAUUGUGAAUAAAGUUGGAAAUCUGGAUUUGGAAAGUGAAGGUACAUUUGUGCAGGAAUAUAUUAGCAAUCCUUAUCUUAUUGAUGGAAGAAAAUUUGAUAUUGGUGUUUAUACUAUUUUAACAUCUAUCAAUCCACUGAGAGUAUAUGUUUACAGUGGAGAUGUUCUGUUAAGAUUUUGUUCAAAGGAUUAUUAUCCAUUUAGUGCUGCAAAUCUUGAUUCUUAUGUUGUUGGUGAUGAUUACACCCCAAUUUGGAAAAUUCCAUCAUUGCAUAAAUAUUAUGUUAAUUUAGGACAUUCCAUGAAAGAAUCCUUGAAUGCACACAUCAGAUCACAAGGUAAGUUAAAGUAUUUUGCAAAAAAAGUGCAAAAUACAGAUAUUGCUAAUAUGUCUCCAAAUCUUUCUUCUGCUCAUUUUUCACAGAACAGAUUAUUAUAUGAACAAGUGAUUUAUAAUUUAUUAAGUGUAGUGGGUUUAACAAGAAUUAUUAAUCCUAGCUAUAUAAAAUCAAGAUCUGAAAAUGAAAAGGUUAUGCAAGUGUCUUCAGCUGAUAUUUAUGUAUUUUCUGAUUUAUGUGCAUCAAAGUCUUGCCAAGAAACUUGUUCAUCUUAUAUUUGUCGUCUUUGUAAACGUUGUCUCAGCAUAGAAGAAGAACAAAUAUUUAAAGAUGCAUAUCUAGAACAUGUUAAUAGAAAAAGUUGCCUUAGAAUUCUGCCACCUCAAACAACACAAAAUCUAUUGGAUGUGAAUAAAGAAUUUGAGCAUCUGAAUGAAAGAAAUCAGCUAAUGGCUUAUUGGUUUAAAGGAAAAUGUUUAAAUGAUAUAACAUGGUGUAGUUAAGUUUAUAUAUAAUUAAUUAUAAGUAAUUAUAAUUAUAGGAAAAUUCAGAAAUUUUAAAAUAAUAAAUGGAGAAGUACAAUAAAGAAGCACAAAAGUAUCAGUACAAAAUAAGCCUUAAGAUUUUUAGUAGAGUUACUAAUUCUGUUAUUAAAAUUAAAUGCAAAUGCUCAUAGAAUAUAAAAUUUAAAAAAAAAAUAAAGAAUAAGUAUGAAAGACUAAAUAAAUAUAGAAGUUACUAAUUCUUUGCAAAUAUCAAUGUAAUUUGUCUAAAUAAUUAUAUUACAAGCAUAUUUUUAUUCUUUUAGAGUAAAUAAAAUUCAUUUCAUACAUCUUUAUUUAUAUUGAUAUAGGGACAAUGAAAUACUUUACCUAAUUCAUCUGAUUAAAACUUUUGGAUAUUGAUUUCUGUUCUUUGAUGUAAAACAUUAGUUUAAUAUUUUAUCAUCAUUAAAAAAGUGGUUAAAAAGUAUUUAAUAAAAAUUUUGUGGUGGUUAUUUUUAAGAAAUGACAUUAUUUAUUGAUCCAUGUUUAAAGUAUA